AUGGCAACUGAGACGCUAACCGAAUCUCCUCGCUCACAAAGGUUCGAGUCCCAUGUAGCAUUCGACAACAUCCCCCUCGGCGAAUCAACCGAGUAUAAUCCCAUCUCGUUCACCCUCAACUACCGCCAUGCGGGUUUUCAGUUUAGACGACGACACCGCACCUUUAUGGUCGGCGUAGACGACAACUCGUAUUCCGAUCAUGCUUUGCAAUGGCUACUGGACGAACUGGUCGAUGACGGCGACGAGAUUAUAUGCGUCCGCGUAAUCGAAACCCAGGUCCGCCUUACGGAUAAGGCGUACCAAGAAGAUGCCAAGGUUCUGAUGGAAUCAAUCCAGUCGAAGAAUACGCAGAACCGAGCGAUUGGCCUAAUUUUAGAAUACGCUGUUGGAAAACUACACAGCACGUUCCAGCAUCUUAUUAAAAUAUACCAGCCAUCCAUGUUGAUCGUUGGUACGAAGGGUAGAAGCCUUGAUGGAGUCCAGGGGUUCCUCGUGAAUCGUAGUUCUUUUUCGAAGUACUGCUUGCAAUACUCACCAGUGCCUGUUGUUGUCGUGCGUCCUAAUGAGAAGCGCGUGAAAAAAAAGGUGAAGCGAGCGCAUGACCCAUCUAGGCAAAGCUAUGCGCAAAUGCUGCUAGGUCAACCGCACGAAGCCGAUAGCGAGAACAGCAGCGUAUACGAGCUAGAACCCAAUCUCACCCCAGACGAAGAAGCGCAUCGUGUUGCAGUAGCUGUUGGGCUACCAGCAGCAUACGAUCCAACUAUCAAACCCAUCGAUCCCAACAGCUUACUAAAGAAUUUCGGCCGCCGACCCGCGCCGGAGGUAUCGAAGGAAGCCCUUGCAAUAGUAAACAAGGGUGGCUUACCUGCCGAGAAGAAGUCGCCAGACCAGGAAGAGUCGGACUCGGAUUCCGAAGGAGAGUUCGAUGUCAGACCGGGCGAGGAGCUUCUUAGAGAGAGACUUCAUAAGAUGGAGCUAAACGAAGGGGCCGCGCUCAGAGCUGAAAGUAGGAAGUUGAGUUCCGGGUCUGCUGAUAGCGACGAAGAUCCGCCGGGUGGAGGGGGUGCCAAGACGUGA